UCCCACUACAAGUAGAAAGUGUACUAAAACUUCCCCUGGAUGACUGGAGAUCUUAGCAGACUACUUUAGUGUUGUAAAGAGAAAAUGUGUAAACUUAGAGAGUAGAGUUCCUCAGACAUGUCUGCUGUUGAGAGAAGAAGAGCUCUGGAGCCUCGCUUGGAAAUCAGACCAUCUAGAAAUCGUCAUUUCAGGCGUCCUCAGAAGGUUACGAGCAUCUGGCUGCCCGACAGCUCUGACUCUUCACAACGUGCGCACAGGACACCCAUUUAUGUGUCCUUUGUCAGCAAGGCCAUUUUGUGGGACAGAGGACUCCGCCAUGACAUUGUCCAUGAUCGUCCGGCUCAUCGUCCCUCUCUGUGUCCUCGCUUCCUGUCUCACAUGAAAGCUCGUCCUGAAGCCUUGAUUCCUCCUCGUUACCUGAGCUCCAAGUCUGUUCAACAGCUUCCAUCUCAGGGGAAGGAGCAGAAUCCACCUGCUGUAGCUGCCCCGAAGACCCACAUGUUGGCAGGACGCUUCCAUCUUGGUCCUGAUAGAAGAACCAGUGGUGUGCAGAAUGCUGGUCUGAUCACAGGAAGGCGUUCUGCUGUUGCUGUUCCUCGUCUCCGGCUUCCUGCUACUCCACCUCCAUCCACCAUUAAUCCAACACCUCCCCAACCCAACACACCUCAGCCUGACGCUGAAGGACAGCAAAGCCAGACAAACAUUGCUCCAUCAACUCCCUCCUGCCUGCCUCCUCCUCAUCCCGAGCAUCAAAAAGAUGAAGUUCCUGUCAGGGAAAAGCUGCUGCAGCCUGCUGUGGUGGAGCCAGACGUGGAUCUGAACAUCAGACCUGCUGGAUCGACGCUCUCAGCAUCUCCAACCUCACUCUCACAGGGAUCUCUGUCAGAUUUAAGUCGUCCACCUUCCAGUUUAUUCAGCCGAAGCACCGACCUCUCUAGUGGCAGGAGCAGCGUCCUGAGUGAUAAAACCACUGCAGAUAUCCUGGACUUGGAUCCAGAGGGCAGCGCUCGUUUGUCCCCACUUCAGCCUUCCCCAACGAUGCCGUUACCUCUGACUUCUCCAGCAGGAUCCAACCUUCAUCAGUCCUUUAGCAGCACCAAAUCUCUGCUCUACGAGCCGCUGUUUGGCCAAACCAAACCCCUCUCUCCUCGCCAAGCAGCAAGUUUCCAUCUGAAUUCAGAUAAACCUCCGAGUAGCAGCAGGAGAAGCACGAAAACAGCAGAAAACCUCCACCUCGAUCCAUCUGUUGGUCCUGAUCUCAACCCGUCCUUGGACUCCGAUCGAGGUCGUGCUACGCCGGCUUUUCGCUCCGCCACUUGGUCUUCCUGUCCGAGUCCACAGAGGACCACUCCCCACUCGGGGUCAGCAGCAAAGGUGACCCCUUCUCGUCCGGCGUCUCGGCUGGAGCCUUACCGCUGGCCCGUCCUGCCUCCCAUCUCCCCUGCCAGAGGACGAUCUGCAGCGUCACACUGCUCAGAGUUCAGCUGCACUCAGUCUUGUGUGUUUGAUGAACUGGAGGCUAUCGCUCCUCUGUCAGCUUCCUGUUUGUCUCUGGAUGAACCGUCAGACUUGUCAGGCAGCCCUUCACCUGACACAGACCUUUCUCCUGGCCUGGCAGCGCUGACGGUGGGCUGUGACUCGGGGAAUCUGGGCUCCUUGUCCCGGGUCCAGCUGCUCCUCCUGGACCGCCUAGCAACCGAGGACCAGAGUCCAUCUGGUCUGGAGGAGGAGAUCUACCCACUAGAUGACUGGUCUGAUCUGAAGCGGUAUGAUCCAACAGGUGUUUUGAAGCCCCGCACAGCUGGCAGCAUCUCUGAAAGGUGUGACUCGGCAGGGAAAGUCCGGGGAAACAAAUCGGAUCAGUCUGAAGGAGGUUCUGAAUCACCGUCUUCAUGGAUCAUCGACCCAAGUCCGUCAUUCAACAUGUUCAGAUCCUCUUCUUCUCCCUGUCGGUCCAACCACAGUUCCCACACAGAUGAUGACGGGGGCCCCAGUGAGGAGGAAUCCAUUCAUCCAGGAUGGAAGGACCAAGCAGAGCUCUUAGACGGAGGCAGGAGGCCCGAGAGUGUCGCACACCGAACCGAAGAGAAGGACAGAAGAAUGGAGGAGAGGAAGGCGCUGAGCAUGCUUUCCAAACUGCAGGACGACACGCCUCAUCAGGGAAAAAGCAACAAAAGCCGCUCCAACUUCGAGGACUUCGACUUUUUGGCAAAGUAUUGCAUUUUCAGUCAGGAGAAGCUGGCCGAGUACAAAAGAGCUUUUGAAGCAGAGGACAGCGAUUACGACGGCUACAUCUCCUGCCUUCAGGUUCUACUCGCUCUUAAAACCAUCACCCCUCCUGAGCUGCUGUCCGAUGAAGAAGAGAUCUACGUCUACAGAAUCUUGGAGAUGGUGGACUUCAGAGUGACAGAUGGACUCGUGGACCUGCGGCUGUUCGCUGUGAUCGCCAGUCUGGCCCAGAAGAUCGCCUCCAUGGAUGAGUUCAUGCGAUCCCUGAUCACCAACAUGGACUUCCGCUCUCUGGAAGUGCGGCUCUUCAAAGCUAAGCAGCUGUUCCUGUUCCUCCUGGAGGAGCAGCGAGGAGACGCUGGAGCUCAGCAGGGCUUCAUCAGCGCCGAGCAGCUGCUGCUGGAGCUGAAGGCCGGAGGGAUCCACCUGGAGCAGGAGGCGGCCGUCAGGCUGGAGCUGCAGCACGUCCCCCCUCUGGACCUGCUGGACUUCCUGGCCUACCUGCCCCUCUUCAUGCUCAUCCACAAGGCGGUCAUCUCCAACCCCCUCAACGACUCCAGCAACCUUUGACUUCAGUCUCUGCUCCGUGUGAGUCAGGAUUCAGCAGGACGCCUAGCACAGCUAACUCUUAUCAAAGAAAACAACAUAAUAUCACAUGACAAACAGGAAAGGUGGAAUUAAAGUGAGUGAAUUGGGCACUAAUGUGAGUUAUUGUUCCAUCAAUAACCCUCUGAACCCCAGACCCAACCAGUAGGCUUGAAAGAAGACAAUGACACUUGAUCUUGUUUUAUGGCACUCAUCCAGGUUGUUUUCUCCUGACUUGAUCCUUGCUUGUGUUGUAUCUACUCUCAGAUGCACGUCGCUUUGGAUAAAAGCUAAAUGAAAUUGUAGAAUAGAGGAAAGGUAUGUUAUCUUAACAAAAAUCUGCCAAGUUACACAUUUAUCACAGCCUGAAAUUGUGAGACAGACAGAGACUUUAUUAAUCCCGAGGAAAAUUCAAGAGGAAAAAAGAAGAAGAAGAAAAGUCAGCUUGUCAGUUGUCCUACAGUUCCUGAACUACUCUGCUGUCAUUCCAUCCAAAAAAUUGACCAAGCCUAAGUUUAUAAUCAUGAUAUUUCAUCAAAAUGGCUUUGUUUUGGGGUAGCUCCAGUAGCUCAGCAGGUUGAACGGGCAUCCCAUAAACAGAGGCUGUAGUCCCCGACACAUUGGCCAUGUAUUAGAGUCUGACCCAUGGCCGUUUGCUGCAUUUGUGGCACUAUAAUGCCAUAACUUCUUAAUAAAAAGAACAAAAUCAAAACUAUUUUUGAAUAAACUUUUAUUAUCAUUUAGCUAAUUAGAAGGUGGUUGUUAUUCAAUUCAAACGGUUAUUUAGUUGACAUUUUAGUGAUAUCCAAUCAUUUUUUAUUAAUAAGUGAUUGUUUCCAUAAUAAGUAAUUAUGGAAUUUGUAAAGACGUGAUCACAAUGAACAUAAAAACCAUUAGGUUUUCUUUUUAACGUUUAAUAAAAAUGUAUGCAGUUAUAUCCCAUGGACAUGAAAAGUUCCUCAAUUAUAGAUUGACCCAACUGCAACCAAGUAUGACCUGACAAAAAUCCAGGGACUUUUCAGCUGAACUGCAGGCUGUGUUUACAUACAGCAGCUUGGAGACAAGAAGAAAACUAAUUAAAAAGUAAAGAAACAUCUAUAGUAUUUUCAUUUGCAGUAUUGGUAACACCUGUUGGCACUUAGUGCAAAGAUGAAAUGCAGUAGAAAACUGUCUGAAGGAUUCACUAAAACAGUUGUUCAACACUAGAGAUCAGACUUUUGUUUUUAAUCUCAGGAGGUGAGAUUUUUUCUUUCAUUAGAUGCACUCCAACACUGGAACACAUUAACACAAAGUGGCCAAUAAUUUAUGAAAAUAAUCAGAGACAAGCUGCGUUGUGAAGCUUAAAAUGAUAAAAACAUCAGCAGGCAGUCGGCAUAGAUGGAACAACAGAUGCCCUCGACCUUUAUAACGAUGACACACAGGUGAUUUAUAACCUGAUGAUUGGUUUGAAGACUCCCUGUGGGGUGAUUAAGGACUUCUCCAGGAUCAUUAUAGAGUUUUUUAUCACCUUUCUCCAUACAGAAACCCUAGUAGGACAUUAAAGGUCUUGUUUCUGGUUUCAUGGAGCAGUAAAGUGCUGUCUGUGGUCCUGAAAUGUGCUGCAACUAGUACAUUUGGCUGCAUUCAUUCUAAACUCUGGACUUCAUGUGAGUUUUCAGAUGCAACAAGUGCUUAUUGUCGUUGGGUAAAAAAGAAAAAAACAACAACAUGUGAUCAAACGUACAGCGGCAGAGAUGUGGGCUGUUGUCCAGUUCUAUCCAACUUAAUCACCGCUGAUGAAUGAUAUUCAGUAAGAUACUCAACUAAUGUGGUUUAAGCCUUUGUUUUGCCUCGGCUUUGCCAAUUAGACAUGGCCGUGUGCUCCUGCCGCUUGUGCACGCUUGACAGACCGCCAUAGGAGGAAACAUAAUGGGCUCUGACAGGCUGCGAACUGGACUGUUAGAUCAGGGACGUAUGUCGUCACGUAGAGUCCAGAUAGAGCAGAGAACGCUGGAAAAAGUGCCUUCAGUAUGGAUUUUUAGAUUAACAAUAUUAGGUUUUACUGCAGGGGUGUCCAACAUGAGGCCCGCGGGCCAAAAGCAGUCCU